AUGCAGCAAAGAGAUAUAAAUGACGAUUCUUUGGUGUAUUACGAUGCACAAUCACAAAAUCCACGAAGGACGACUGUCGUACGAACACUUCAAGGAUUAUUGAUAGUUGUCGGUAUCGCGGGAACUUGGGUUGGUUCAACACAAUUUAUCAAAAGUACAUACACCAAGAAAUUUAAUGCGCCGUGGUUUGUUAUGUGGUUUAAAACAUCAUGGAUGUCACUAAGUUAUCCAGUCGUGUCCAUCUGUUUUCGUUUUGUAACAGGUUGUAGUUUCAAGAAUAUCUUUGAUAAAGCUCAAACUGUGUUUGGUGAUCGCGGUGUUUGUCCUAUGACACUGCUCACGCGAUGUCUACCAUUUGUUAUAUUAUGGUGUGCUUGCAACUAUUUGUAUGUUCGUGCAUUGUCCGUGUUAUCAGCAACAGAUGUCACGGCGUUGUUUAGUUCGGCUCCAGUCUUCGUUUACCUGCUAUCUUUGAUACUUCUCCGUGACGACAUCUUUAAAUGGCGGUGUCUUUUUGCAACGGCGAUGUCAGUCGCCGGUAUCGUCGUUAUAGCAUACAGCAAUGGUUUCAGAGGACCAUCAGCAGUCGGUAUCAUCUUGGCCGUUGGUGCUGCCGUACUGGCAGCUGUAUAUAAAGUGUCGUUCAAAGUCUCCAUUGGAGACGCGAAAAUACAUCAAGUCAGUUUAUUUCUGACUUGUCUUGGCUUAAUAAAUCUUCUUGGUUUAUGGCCCAUGAUGGAAAUAAUGCAUUUUACACGAUAUGAACAUAUCGAAUGGAACGCAAUUCCGUGGCCUUAUUUGUGCGCGUGCGCUGUACUUAGUGUCAUGUUCAAUUUCCUAAUCAAUUUUGGUAUAGCAUUCACCUUUCCUCUCUUUAUAUCAUUGGGAACAGUACUGGGGAUUCCCCUGAAUGCUGUCGUAGAUACCAUAGCUCGAGAUGUAGAAUUUACUUUCUUGAAAGGUCUAGGUGCCGCCUUCAUCGUGCUUGGUUUUAUCCUCAUGACGUUUCGUGGAAAACAACGGCAAUUGGACGAUGACGAGAGUGAAGAGCCAAUCAUGAGUUCAGCUUUGAAUAAUCCUUCUACUCAAGAAAAUAUAAAGUUGAACAUUUGA